AUGGCUUAUUCGUCCCCAGUUCACUCUCAAAACUUCUACCAACUCGAUGCAUCGACGCCUCCACCCCCGCCUCCAAAGCCAGGACGUUCAAGUGGGAAUGCGACUCCAUCACAGGGACCUCCAUUGCCCCCACCCCCACCGGGUCAGUCAUCGUAUCCGGGGGAUCAGCAGCAAAGCCCUCGUGCACAGCAGCGAUAUUCUCAGAUAGACUCCGAGCAACCCACAGUCCAACCGCCCGAAGAUGGGUGGCUACCUGACGUGCUCAAGGACAAACCGACCAAGGACUUGCACCAUGUGCUUCAAACAUCGGAACUGCAGCAUGCUAUAGUUCACAAUCCCGAUACAACACAUCCAUCACUGCCAGCAUCAAUCGCGCCUCUACAGGCGCUUCUUGCACAGAAUGUGGGACUUGCAGAAUCACUCAAGCAGCUUGAAGCACAUGUGCAGCAUCAGCGUGAUGGCACACAGUCGCGUCUACUGGCACUCCGUGCUUUGGAACGUCAGUGGAGAGCAAAGCAGACUGAACAGGAUGAAGCACUCCGAGAGUUCAGUCCGCCGGCCCUGUAUCAGCGACUGAGUGCUUCGGUAGGCGAGCAAGAGGCUCUCUGCCGGGGACUGGAAGAGAGCUUUCUCGAAGGCGAAGGCUUUGGCGGUGGAGACGCCGUUGCCAGCGAUCGAGAAGUAACGGACUUUGUAAGGCGCUUGAGAGAAGGCCGGAAGAUUGCGUACCUUCGAGCAGAGCGCAAGGAGCGAUGGGACGAAGGUCGGGUUGGCGGUUGGCGGUGA